AUGAACGUGAAGCUGUGCUUGGAAGAAAUGAUCAACGUGGUAUGUGCCUAUGCGCCUCAAGUUGGUUGUGAUGAGGAAGAGAAGGUAGCUUUCUGGGAGCAUGUAGAUCUAAAGCUAAGUGCAGCCCCAGCGGGAGAGAAAUUGAUCCUCGGAGGUGAUUUGAAUGGACACAUUCGAGGGGAGAUAGAAGUGGUGGAGCGAAAUGAGGAAGUGGAGAGGUUGUUGGGUGUAGCUAUGGCUUUUGACAUGGCCAUAUGCAAUACAUUCUUCAAGAAAAUGGAGAGAGGGUAUAUGAUCUGCAAAAGUGGAGACAGGGAACGUCCAAUAGAAUUUUUCCUAUGUAGAAGAGUAGUAGGAGCAAGGGACAAGGCAUCAACAGAUUUCACCUACAUGAGACAGGCUAAAGAUCAGCAAAGAACAGUUUUGAAUGAGGAGGAUAAGAUCAAGGAGCGAUGGUCAGGAUAUUUCUGA